AACAGAGCAUGAAGAAAACUGGUUAGCGGGAACGUAUUGUAUAUCAAGUGGAGUGUUGACCAUGAAAGAUAGUACUUCUAAGAUUCCAGUUACUAAAAGCACAGGCGACACGCGUCCAGAGAAGGAAGAGACAUGGACUCUGCGCAACACAGUAAUUUUUCUUUCAAUGUGCCUGGUUUACUUCGCCCUAUUUGCAGCUUAUUCAGUUUAUGCGCCAUUUUUACCGAGUGAGGCAAAAGAUAGAUGCGUGUCUGAUAUUUAUGUUGGAUUAAUUUUUGGAUCUUACGCUUUUGUAAUUUUCCUGACUUCCCCCCCAUGUGGAGUCCUUGUGCCAAAAUAUGGUGCUCGCACUAUGCUUGUAACAGGUACUUUUAUCGCUGGAACAUCCCUGAUGCUAAUGGGAUUUGGCGAAGUGAUCUUUGAUCCGACAAUGUUCAUAAUAUUUUGCUUUGUGUUACGAAUAACAUCAGCCAUUGGGGCAGCAGCGGCUGAAACUGCUGUCCUUUCUUUAAUGCUGCAGAAGUUUCCAAAUGAUACCGGAACAGUUUCUGGAGCAGUGGAGACAUCUUGUCUCGUUGGAUCUUCCUUUGGUCCAGUUUUUGGAGGGUUUAUGUACACAGUAGGUGGCUUCAAACUUCCUUUCAUUCUCAUGGGUCUAAUUCUAUUUUGUAGCAUUGGAGUUUUAGCUUUUCUGCUUUCAAAAGAAACAGAAUACCGAACAGAAUCAAGCAAAAGCAUAUCCAUGUGCAAAUCUAUGCGGCCAUUAAGGAUUCCAGCUGUUUUUGUAAUGGGCUUUUCCUCUGUUAUCGGUGGUGCGUUAUCUGGUUUCAUACAACCAAUUUUGGCGCCUCACUUGAGAGAGCUGGGUCAAAAUGCUACACAGAUUGGUCUUGUAUUCUUCCUAUUUGCCGGUACUAACGCCGUCUCAGCGCCUUUAAUAGGCUUUAUAGCCGACAAAACAAAAUGCUACCGAUCGCUGCUCCUGUCGGGUUUGAUCGCUUACAGCAUUGGAUACCUAUCAUUAGGACCAGCCCCCUUUUUAUCAUUUCUUCCCGAUGGCGAGAUAUGGCUAGUAUGCGUUGCCAUGGCGUUUUCGGGAUUCGUUGCCUCAUUUUUCUAUGUGCCAUUAUUGCCUGAAAUCAUGAUAGCUGCAAGGGAAAAUGGGAUGCCUGACAAUGAAGAAACAAAUGCAGAGCUUUCAAGUCUUUACACAAGCGUGUAUUACUUAGGAGCUUUUAUCGGUCCAAGCCUCGGAGGUGCUUUUGACGAGCAUUUUGGCUUUCAGUGGGCAAUGACGAUUGCAGGUCUCAUAAGUUUUGCUCAAGCACUCGUUGUGCUUAUAUUUACAUUGGUGGAGAAGGUGUCCCGAGGAAAAUGUUCCAAUCAGACAGAAGAGAAACUCUCUUUGUUAAACUAAAGCACUUUUAGCUACGAAACGUAAUGGCAAAGAUACAAGAAAGAAAACAAAGGAGAACGAGAACAAAGUCUGGAAAGCAAUUUGGAUUCCUGCACUUGGAAUCCUGGACACGGUGUUUCUCUAAGAUUCUCGCUGGUUUUUGUCAAAAUGACACGAAUUGCCAUUUUUCACUGAUCAGAACGCCCUGCUCGUGAGAAAACACACUUAUGCCAGUCCCAUUCCCGGCCAGUCCCUGGCUGCUUUCCCUCUUGAAACAGAGGAGACUUGAAAUGGAUG